AUGGCUUCAGCAUCCAGUAUCGAUGAUGAUAUGAUGGACGUGGUGAAUCGCACCACAAGAUAUCAAAAUUUAUCGGAAGAAGAGAGGAGGCAAAUGGAAGAAAGGUUAGCAAUAUGGUUGGCCGGUGCUGAUGGAGAAGCCGAGGAAAUCAAUGCAUUCGAAGGCGACGACGUCACGGAUCCUGAUUAUGUGCCGACGUUAGAAGAUGCGGCUUCCGAUGCUGAGACUGAGACCGUUAUAGAAACCGAGACUCCAUAUGACGAUGAUGAGGAUUUGGAAUAUUUAUAUGAAGGCGCUGCAGCUGCACCCGAAGCGCUUGAAGCCGUCGAUAUGGACGAGGAGCCUCGUUCGGCGAGCUCGAUUAUUAAAUACCGUUCAAAGGAUGGCAAGCUUUGGUCAAGCGCUCCGCCGUGCACAGGUAGACUUCGUGCGCAUAACUGCGCUAUUGUGGGUCGCGAAGGCCCGGCUCCAGGGAUUAUGCGAUCCCCGGUUUCAAUAUUUAAAUCGAUAAUAACACCGGAAAUCGUUAGUAUAAUUGUGCGUGAAACGAACCGAAAGGCCCAGGAACUAUGCCGCCUGUGGUGUGCCAAGAAUCCUGACCAGACACCGCGAACGUGGACGAAACCUGUAACCGAAAAUGAAAUAUACGCCUUUUUUGGCCUAACUUUGUUUGCCGGCAUAUUCGGGUCAAACAGUCAGCCUGCUCUUGAGUUGUGGGGCAACAACGGAAACCCUAUCUACAGGGCGACGAUGUCUGCACACCGCUAUAAAAUUAUUCUACAAUAUAUUCGAUUCGAUAACGGCAACACGAGACCCGCUCGACUAUUAGAAAGCAAAUCGGCCGCCAUUGACGACAUUUGGAACAUGCUCAUGAGCAACUUGGAGCGUCUAUAUGUUCCGGGUGCCCAGAUAACUAUAGAUGAGCAAUUGUUCCCGUACCGAGGCCACACGCGUUUCACCCAGUAUAUUCCAUCGAAACCAGCAAAAUACGGAAUUAAAGUCUGGUGGAUGUGUGACGCCAAUUCCAAUUACCCACUGAAAGGAAUAAUAUAUGUUGGAAAACAGGCAAAUGAAGCGCGUGCGGUAAAUCAAGGCGAGAAUGUUGUUCUUAAAUUGGUCGAAAAAUACGCCGGUUCUGGACGAACAAUAUAUGCCGAUAAUUUCUUCUCGUCUUUUGAUUUGGCCACGGCUUUGGUGACAAAACGGUUGGCAUAUGUAGGAACCAUGCGCAAAAACAAAGCCUGCAUACCGAAGGAGAUGUUGGAUCCAAAACGAGAUGUAUUCAGUACAGUAUUCGGUUACCACAAUAAUAACAUCGCACUAUGCUCAUACGUGCCAAAAAAGAAAAAAGUUGUGGUUCUCAUCUCGACCGAACAUUACAAUUCCGCCGUCGACUCAUCGAAGCCAUCGAAGAAGCCAUUUCAAAUUCUGGACUACAAUAAGUAUAAAUCCGGAGUGGACACCAUGGAUCAGAUGGUUAGCGGUUACACGUGCAAACGGGGCACAAACCGGUGGCCGUUAGCUCUGUUCUAUAACAUGCUGGACGUGGCGGGCUUGGCUGCAUUUGUCAUUCAUGACAAAUUGGGGCAUGUCAAGAGGACCGACCGAAGACGUGUAUUCCUCAUGGAAUUGGCAGAACAGCUGGUGGUUCCUCACAUGGAGCAAAGAGCAACGAAUCCCAUUGUACGAGGUAUUCAACACGUCAAAGUGGCAAUGGCGUUAUUCGGUGUAGAGGUAGCUGCAGGCCCACCGAUAGAUGAUCAACCAGUCCAUGCCGUUUCCUCUGCAACUCGACCAUCGUGCUCGCUCUGCUAUAAAUUGGAUAAGAAGCAGCGAAAGACUAGAUUUCAUUGCAUGUAUUGCAAAAAACCAGUGUGUCAACAGCAUUCACAUGCCAAGUACGCGUGCGUUGAAUGUCGUGCCUAA